GCAGCAGUGGUAGGAGGUGCAGAAAAUGGCUUCAAAUAUUCGUGCGUGCUGCAUUUUUUUGGUUGUCAUUUUAACAAGUGCUAUUGCGGAUAUAAAUUCACGCGCUAAAAAAAAUGAGAUUCCACAUCUAUCACGAUCAUUAUCCAGUGAAGACAUAAGAAAAUCCCAAAAAGAAUUUUUUAACCUGUUGGGGUCAACGCCUGGUUUAUCGGAAUCUAAAAAUGUUUCGAACACCAUUCAAAUAUUGAACACCCUUGAAGGGCAAAAACUAAUGAGAAAACUGGUGGAUUCUCUGGUGCCUACCAUUGGUAGAGAUGACAGUGGUGAGCUUCUACAUAAUUUCUGGAUGCUUAUGAGCGAUUAUGCACCAGAUCAUGUUGCUGAAAAACUUAAACAAAUUGAAAAUCUAUACGGUGAGAUAGAUUCCUUACCCGCAGCAUUUGCCAGUUUAAUGACUGCUGGGAGCAAGUCUCCGAUUGCUUUAAUUCUGCAAGAAGUAAUUCCAAAUUUCAACGCUUCUGAGCUGCUCAGAAACAUUGCGCCAACGUCAGCUCCCGGCAUGGCUGACGCUAGCCUCACAACCCGCUUGCUCCACCUCUUUACUCCUGCAAUUGAUACAUUUUUAAAAGAAAAUAACAUUGAUCUGCAGACAGAUGCAAUUGUGCAAAUGGUAUCAAGUCUCACUUCGCAGUUUCAAGGAGUUGGCCGCAGCAAAAGCACAUCGGAAGUUAGCACAAAGAAAUCAAAAUCGCGUGGAAAUGAUGACCCUAAUCCGUUAAGCGCUUUGCUACCUCUUCUGGGCAUGAUGGGAACGCAGGGCAAGAAUGGGAAUAAGAUGUUUGAAGGACUCAUGGGCAUGUUGAGUAAUGGUGGAGGUGAGAACAUCAUGGAGAAUUUGUCCACGAUGCUCGGCAGUGGCGGCAAUAAAAACAAUUUAAUUGAGACAGUUAUGGGCAUGUUGAACAGUGGAAAGACGGGCGACAACAACGCUAUGGGGAUGAUGAUGUCACUCAUCAAUGGAAUGAACAAUAACAAGAAAGAAAACGCUAAUUUCAACAUGAUUGCCUCCGUUAUGGAAUUGAUGUCUGCCGGAAGCGGUGGUGAAGAAAACAACCCUAUGGCAAGCAUCGCAAAAAUGGCCAUUGAUAUGAUCGGCAAAAAUGCUGGCAAAAAAAGCGAAAAACUCAACAAAAAGGACGAUAAAACUAUUAUUCAAGGAAAAAUAAAACCCCAUGAAGAAAUUUCCGCCAAUUCGAAAAAGGAACACAAGGAACCCAGUGUAGUUAUUCCAUCUUCUAAUAACAAUCAGCGGUCACGACUGCUGCACGUGCUGGAGCCGGCGCUCCUGAAGCUCCACACGAACACCGCAUGCCACGCUAAACUGGGCGCAGUCAUGUCGGCUGCUAAAACCAUGCUGGAUACAAAGACGGUGGGCGUGAAAGGUUUCCUGUCGGCGGCGCUGCCGGUGGCGUUGGCUGGCUUACCAGGAGGUCCUGCGCUGCUGCAGGAGAUCGACGACGCCAUCAACGACCUCGGGAUAAAGAACCGGCCAUUAUCGGACGUGCUCGCCUCCAUUGCCGACGAAGGGGAGUGUGUGACGCUAGCACGGCGCGCCGCCCCCCAUGUUGGUCGCCUGGUGUUGCUGCUGGCGGAGCCUGAGGUGCAGCAGGCGCUGCAGACGGUCCUGGUCGAGCCGACGACUGCCGCCCUAGACGGACUGGGACUUAAGGGUGUGACGCUAUCUAACUGGCCCCAAAUCUUGGGCCCGAUGAUAAGCAUGGGCGCAGCUGGCCUGCCAGUGCAGCCCGUGCCGCUCUUGACCGCAGCGCAGGAACACAUCACCGAACUCCUCCGCAACGCAACGCAACUCCUGAAACUAGUCCGCGGACAGACGCUGGAACAGGUGACUCCUAAACUGGAGUACGAGUUGGGCUCAAUGCUGCAUCACCUUGGAGGUGUAGAGCACCUGCUCAGCCGACACGUGGGCAGCGAUACCAGCUGCAUCGCUCAGGUGGUGUGCAGAGCUGCGGAGAAGGAGACCGGCAUCGCUGCUGCCAUUCUAACUUCUUACAGUGCCGUACGUGGCCUGAUGACCGUGUCGGCGACCGUACCUGAGCGCCUGACUGUCCUGCGCGCCGCUGCCAGCUCCGGCAGCUGCGAGAAGUCCUUCCCAUGCGCACCUCUGCCUGCGCAUGACUCUGCCAGCGCUCGCCACGCCAGCCUCGACUACGACGAAGCGUCGCAGCAUCAAGAACUUUAACUUGAAAAAUAAACUUAAAUUAGGCAAACAAUCAUUGAAUUGAAAUUAAAAACACCAACAAACUCAAAUAAUUACUAAUUUAAUGGGUGAUACAGCUACAAAUGAAUCUGUUAUCGUGUUAUAUUGAAAAUUUGAUCGCGCUUGAUAUUUCUUGAAUUGUUCAGGAAAAUUUUUAAUCAUAUCUAUAGCUAAAUAUCAUUUAUUAACGGCUUCAUUGUCUAUUCACGCUGAAAUAUCAGUGCGAUUCAAUACUAAUUAUUCAUCAAUCUUCUGGACGUUUACCAUCGUAAGAAUUUGUCUAACGGUCCUUUAUUGCGCUGUUUUCAUAGGGAUUGACAAUGUCUAGUUUUACCUCUAAAAUAUAACAGAACAUUUGUGAAGAUGACGAAGCGAAAUACUCAAACUGCUGACUAUAUCCGUCCAUGUUAAUAAAUGUUAUUUGUUGAACUUUCUCUUUGCUAAUGCUCUAUAAUUAAUUAGGAAACUACCUUUUUAUGUUUUUUUUGAUCAUGUUAUUCUGAUGUUCGUCUUGUUCAGUUUUCAUUUAUUUUGUUUAGAAAUAUCUGCAAAUCUGCUAAGUCUGGCAGGGAUUUACAGAGUAAAACACUGAAAGCAUUAAAACACAUCUUUAUUUAUUUGAUUUGAAACAUUUCUAUAUUUACUUAUAAGUAAUAAUAACUUUGUUUACAAAUUCAAACCUGCGUCUCAUGUUGCUUUGCAAAUAAAAUAAACGGGAGAUUGAUGUACUGUCAUAUGAUAUUGUUAACGGAAGUGCUAUAAUAUUAAUGCCUAAUAUAUGUAAAAAAGUAUGUUUUUAUGCUUCUUUUUAUUAUUCUUGACAGGAGUAUCACAUAAGUAAAGUAAAAUACUGUUAAGC